AUGGGUUAUUACACCGACCACCUCAAGCCCCAAGCGGCCUCAACCCGCCUCCUACGCGCGAUAACAAACCUUCUCUCUUUUCAAAUCAUUGCUCUGAAUCUAGCCUUCCCCGUCCUGGCCGCCCCCGCUCCCAAAGAGCCCACAUCGGACAAGACUUCUACCACCACCCCUUUCACCGAGCCAGCAACUUCAAUACCCAUGCAGCGCUUCUUCGGCGCGAGAACAAGCUUCGCACUCGGCAUAGCUCUGCCCACGGCCCAGAACUCGACCUCCUUCAUCGGCCAAAUGUCCUUCCCGCUGGGGAACGGCGUCGGCUGGGGCGCCAUGGGCUUCACCGGCAGCAUGGAGGGCAACUUCAUCCUCGCCGUGUGGCCGGACGGAAAAGGCGGCGUGACGGCCAGCUUCCGCCAGGCCACCAACGAGGAUGACCCUCCCGAGGUGACGGGCAAGUUCAAGGUCAGGCCGAUCGCCAAGGGGGUCGUCGUCAACAACACUGCGCUGACGUACACCUUUCUCUGCGAGAACUGUCUCGAUGCUACACUGGGCCUCGGAGUCGAGCAGACCGCGGCCGACGCCGUCAUGGGUUGGGCGCUUUCGCACAAGGCGGUGCAGAAUCCUACCGACCCCGGCGCGUUUCUUGCGUUCCACGAACAAGGAUUUGGACCCUUCACUGCGAGGCUUGCGCAGGCAAAGGCGCCCGACGAUGUUUUCAAUGCCGUGGCUGCUACUGCUGGAGAGCCCGCCCAGUCGAGCCGGAAAGCAAGGGCGCCUACGCCGGGCGCGUUCGAGAAUGGCAGUGGAGAUGAAAGUGGCGGGAACAGUGGGGACGACAGUGACUCCGACAGCGAUUAA